AUGGUACAAGAAGGUGAAAAGCAGAUGACGGAGGACGAAGCGCUCGCAUAUGCACUGGCACAAUUGAGGGAGAUUUGCCCGCACUGCUCAGACGACCGAAUAAUCGAAGUGAUCAGGAGAAACUCUCAACGAGGUCCACUGAGCGUAACGGAUUCGUUUCUGGCGAAGGUGUUCGAAGAUUUGUCGUCUCCUGAGCAGGCGGACAGCGCGUCGAAUUUCAUAGGACCCGCUAUGAAACCUGGCACAUCGUCUCAAACAUCGGAAAUCAUGGAUAUCGUUCCGUACUAUGAUCCAAAAAUGCCAUCUAUCUCCGAAGAGACCGUGCAGACGUCGAUUUCUAGAAGCCACGUUCAGCCAUCGACAUCUCAGGCGGCCUACAAUACGGAAAGAAACGAAGAGGAGAUGAUAAGAGAUCCAAACAAAACUGUGGGAUUAUUCAAUCAAGGCAACACUUGUUGGUUCAACUCGCUCACUCAGAUGCUCUUCAGUAUCCCCAAGUUUCGUUCCGUUUUGUACAAUUGUACACCAUUGACAUGGCAUGAGCAGCCCAUCAAGAAUGUUCAAGUUCAGUUCGAGCUUCACGCUGACUUGCUGAUCCGGUUUAGACGUCUUUUCGUCGAGUUAUACUUCUCGGAGGAGUCGCAUGUGGUUGCCGGAGAGAUCUUGACGAUUGUCGAUCGUCUCUACACUGCGAAAGGCGGACCAUCUACAAUCGGAUCACAACAGGAUGCUUCUGAAAUGCUGACAUUGAUAAUGCAGUGGUUGGGAUACUCGAUCAACGCGGCGAUCUAUGCACACCUCCAUUCGAACUUCACACGCGUAAUUGAUGAGGAGAACAACAUGGUGAUAUCUCAUUCGUCGGAACAAGCUCCAAACAGUGACGUGGCUGGCACGCUACCUCCGGUGUAUCAGGAAAAUGUGCAAGAUCUGGCAUCGUCUACAAGUGUGAAAAGAGAGGCGGAAUCCAGAGCGAACUCGCCAGUCAAGAAUGUACCGGCACGUGAUUCCUUCGGAGGUCCAGCAGCCAAAUCCCCGAGAACAUCUCCAUCAGAUUUGCCGCAGAUUGAGGAGGCAAUGGAUACAUCAGAAGGACCAGAUACACAGGCAAGGCCGAAGGCUGAAAGUGUUGAGAAUCCUAGAGCUCCAGAAGCGAUGGAAGAGAAGGCUGUGGAUGCUAGAACAAUUGAACUCGUCGAGAAAAUCAAGCAUGACUAUGCGCAGAUCUUCCAAGCCACAUCCCAUAUGGAGAAGUUCUCAGAUUCUGGUGAAUUGGUCGGCGAUGUGAACACCAACAUGCACUGUCCAGUUUGCUUCAAUCUACCAGUGUCGUAUGGGAAUCUCCACGACGCUCUGGAAGCAUCGACAUUCGAAGUUCGAGCUGAUGGAGACAAAACUGUGAACACGCGAAGCAUGUAUGAAGCUCUUCCGGCGGUGUUCUUCGUGUCUUUGAAUAGAUUCCAUUUCGGAAAGUCUGGAGCGAAGCUGCAUGACAAGUUUACGUUCCCACGAGAGAUUUUUAUGGAUCGAUACAUUAGGAAGAACGCGGAUCUGAUUACGCCUCUCCGUGCUAAACUUGCUGAUCUUCGCAAUAAAUUAUCUGAGGCUCGAGCAAGACUGAAUGGACUCCAUCAUUAUCCACAUGGAACGAUGAACUUGAAUGUGAUCAAUCUGAUUGAUGCGUUUCAGUCCGUUCUCAAUGCCACCACCAACUCCAGAACGUCUGAAGAUCCGUCGCCAUUCCGGCCACCAAACAAUUAUGGAAACUCACUGAAUUUCAUCAAAGACCAAGGGAAAAUAUUCCCAGUUUUUGAGGAAUCCUUUCCCGAUCUGCAUGCAAUGAACCGAGGACUCAAAGAUGCGCUGUCCGAGUUGAAGUCGACUGAAGCCGCCCUGUUGGAGUUUAUGGCUCGUCUGGAACAGGAGAUUCAGGGGAUUUAUGAAGUCGAGGAGUUGAAAAAGGAGAAUUAUGAGCUGAAAGCGAUGAUUCUUCAUGUGGGAGAGAUCAAUCGAGGACACUACUGGAUGUAUAAGCUCAAAAGAUCAAUCGAUGGUUUUGAGGAAUGGGAGAAGUUGAACGAUCAGAGUGCAACGCCGGUUGAUUAUUCACAAAUUGAGAAGGAAGCGUUUGGAACAGGAAUCUCAACGGACCCAUCGGCAUAUCUUCUUCUUUAUGUGAAGAAAGAUGCGCAUUGGUUGAUGGAACCAGAUACGGAGACACAUCAGGAAUCCUUCGAGAGGCUUCCAUCGGAUCUUCAGAAAUAUGUGACCGAGAAAAAAGAGGCAUUCAGAAAACGUCUUCAAGAAUACCGGGAAAGACAAAGUGCACUUCUCGAGAAUCCCCAACCGACGAGCGAGGAGGCACGUGGAACCACUCAGUUCAGUUGGUAUCGAUCAGAGGAUCAUAUGCAGGAGGACGAGAAUGCGAAUAUAGAUCCGAAUGAAAUUUUGGGGCGUCGUCUGGAUUCAUACGCUAUUCCGGAAGCAAGUUCAGAAGAAAUGCAAGAGAUGAGGAAUGUAACACAAGGACUCUGGACGAUGAUUGUGAACUUUGAUCGGGACUCGUUCAGUAGCCCUAUAGAUCUUCUGGAUUCCAAUCUCCGAAUGACUAUGGACAAGACAGGAUCGGAAUUCAUUGAGAAGAACUUAGGAUACUCCGUCAAAGAACUCCGCGGAGACGCUGAAAACGACACGGAGCGUAUCUACAAUCAUUUCAUCAUGACAUUCAUCAGACACAUGGAAAAGGACAUUUACAGUCACUUCUCGGUCUUUGUGGCUGCUCAAUUACAACGAGUCUACAUUCCAGUCAUCCGAUACUUGCUCGUCCGCUCAAUGGCAAUCUCCAACCUGGGCGUUCUGAAGAUACGAGCUCAAGGUGAACUAGAGGGACACUGUGCCAACUCGAGUGAUAAUGGAAAAUCAAUGGAGACGAUUGUGUUGACACUAUCACACAUGUACCAGUUAGGACGUCUCAUUGCCACACACUGUCGGAUUUCGAUGGAGAAGAUUGUCGCUUUCCAAAAUGGAGAUUCGAUCUACGCGACAGCUGCCAGAGAGAAGGAGAAUCUGGAGAAUGUGUAUUGUGCACUGGUAGCUGCAAAACAUGCUCGGAUGUGCUACAAAUUCCUCAGGAUUCGUGCCGAUUUUCUGGGAAAGGACACCAUCUAUUUUGUGAAUCAGGCGCAAAUCGACGCUUGUACAGUAUUCGCAGUACUUGGAGCCAUCAAGAUCAUCACAAAUUUGUUCAACUCUACGAAUGACAAAUUGGACAGUUUGGCCACCUACAUGACGAGUUGUGAGGCAUCGCUGAAUCCGGAUAUUUUUGUCAAUGAGAUUUGUUGUGCGUUAUCCCAGCUUCAGCUGUGGAGACAAAACUUGGAUCGAGAUGCGUGGUUUUCGAAUUUUCUUCAGAACGAGAUUGAUAUUGUUGCUCUCAACCAGGCGCUGAUCUCCAAAAUCGAAGUGGCUGGAAGUGGUGAAAAAGUCGAUCGAUCGGAACAGAAAAGAACAUGUGCGCACGUUUUCCAUAGUGCCCUCACAGAGUCAACGAACCAAUGGGUGGACUCGAUUUCACGAGGACCGAAAGUGAUUGUGUUGGAUGGAGCGGAAGAAUUGCGAUUGAUCCAAGAGCUAUCGGAAAAGUUCUGCGGCACCUCAGCGACUCAAGGAAAAGUGGAUGGCAUGCUGCUGGCGAUCGACGAGAAUAUCGGAAAGCUGUUCACCAACUUUUAA